AUGGGGAUCUCUAAAGACACGCACGUGGCCGCCACGUGCUCGUGGCACGCACACCCGCUGAGCCUGGACGCGGCCCCAGAAGCUUUCCCAGCCCUCAGCGGGCAUUUCCAGUCCACCGGGCUUGGAAGUGAGCUGAUACCCCAGGAGGGGCGGGGACCUUCCUGCCAGGGGCUUCUGGGCCUAAGGACAAAGGCUGUGUGGGUAGGCGGGGCCUGGGGACGAGUGUUCCUGCAGCCCCUGCCCCCGUGCCCCCCCCCAGAUGUGGACGAGUGCGCUUGGGAGGCCGACGCUUGCCGAGAGGGACAGCGCUGCGUGAACCUGCUGGGGUCCUACCGCUGCCUCCCUAACUGCAGGCCCGGCUUCCGGGUGGCCACUGAUGGAGCCGGCUGUGAAGAUGUGGACGAGUGUCUGGAGCAGACGGACGAGUGUCACUACAGCCAGAUCUGUGAGAACACCCCAGGCGGGCACCGCUGCGGCUGCCCCAGGGGGUACCGGGCCCAGGGCCCCGGCCUGCCCUGCCUAGAUAUCAACGAGUGCCAGCAGCUGCCCCGGAGCUGUGCCUACCAGUGCCUCAACCUCCAGGGCAGCUACCGCUGCCUGUGCCCGCCAGGCCAGACCCUCCUCCAAGACGGCAAGACUUGCGCCCUGCUGGAGCGCAGUGGACCAAACGUGACCACCGUCAGCCACCGGGACCCCUUGGUGGCCUGGCUGCGUCCCCGCGCCCCCGUCCCCGCUGGGUCCUACCACGCCUGGGUCUCCCUCCAACCGGGCCCCAGAGCCCUGAGCACGGGCCGGGCCUGGUGCCCUCCUGGCUUCAUCCGGCAGAACGGCGUCUGCACGGACCUGGACGAGUGCCGGGUGAGGGACCUGUGCCAGCACGCCUGCCGAAACACCGAGGGCAGCUACCAGUGCCUCUGCCCCGCUGGCUACCGCCUCCUCCCCAGCGGGAAGAACUGCCAGGACAUCGACGAGUGUCAGGAGGACGGCAUCGAGUGCGGGCCCAGCCAGAUAUGCUUCAACACCCGCGGCAGCUACCAGUGUGUGAACACGCCGUGUCCUGCCACCUUCCGGCAGGGCUCCAGCCCUGGGACGUGCUUCCGGCGCUGCUCGCAGGACUGCAGCGCGGGCGGCCCCUCCACGCUGCAGUACAAGUUGCUGCCGCUGCCCCUGGGCGUGCGCGCCCUCCAAGAAGUGGCCCGCCUGGCCGCCCUCUCCGAGGCCGGCGUCCCCGCCAACCGCACGGAGCUCAGCGUGCUCGAGUCCGACCCGCGCAGCCCCUUCGCCCUGCGCCCGCUGCGCGCCGGCCGCGGCGCGGUCUACACCCGCCGCGCGCUCACCCGCGCGGGCCUCUACCGGCUCACCGUGCGCGCCGCGGCGCCGCGCCACCAAAGCGUCUUCGUCUUGCUCAUCGCCGUGUCCCCCUACCCCUACUGAGGGUCGCAGUCGUGGGCAGCGGCUCUGGGGCCAGCGACCUCCGGGGAUGGGGGGUGGAGAGGCCCCGGCCGCACCGCCCAGGUGGCCCUUGCCCACGCCACCUGCUGUGGCAAGCGACGUCAUCUUCUCCCGUCCCGUGCGUCAGCGAGACCUGCAGCAAACACGACCCUGCGCGCAGCCUUGACCCUGGGACAGCGAGAACCCGAGCUCCCCCUAGUCCCCCGCCCCCCGCCCCGUGGGGGUGGAGCCCGGCAGGCAGGUGACAAAGGCUGCCCUUAGGUGGCAAAGGGCAAAGGGUUGAGGUGAAGCCUGACCAGCUUCUCCAGGCUUGCCCCAAGCCCCAGGGGAACCUGGCCCGGGACACAGGGCACCAAGACACCCGAGGGGAGGGGCACACCCUACUCUGUGGGGACGGCGGCAGUUGUCACCCGCCCAUACCUGGCACUGUCAUCCUGACCCGGUGUGUGUAUGUAUACUAUAAAAACGUUU